CAAAUUUUCUAGUGAUUUAAAACUAGAAGAGAUUCAAUACAGACAUAGUCACAACCAUGCAUCCGGGCGUAACAGUCAGUAUCUGGUUAUUUUUUUUCUCGUGGCCUGUCAUCAACGCUGAAGACUGCCCUCCAGGGCGUGAAGAAGCGAGGCACGAGGAAGCAAAAUUACAUAAGGAUUUAUUAUGUGCUUAUAGUUAUGAAUAUCGUCCAGUUACUGACCACAAGAAGACAGUCACUGUUAAGGUUCGGUUCUCAAUUAAAUAUUUAAGCUUCGAUGCAUUGGAGGAGACAUUUACUGUACACAGUUGGGUGGCAAUGUCUUGGAUGGAUGAGUUCUUACGUUGGGAUCCAGCUGAUUACGGUGACAUUAAGGAAAUACAGAUGGAAAGUCAUGAAGUUUGGACACCACGUAUGGCGUUGUUCAAUGCUGAUGCAACUAUGUACCAAUCGGAUCUGUUUUAUACUACCUGUACUGUAGAUUACAGAGGAACUGUCACUUGUGUACCACAUAUCGCGCAUUCUGGCAUUUGUCGUACGUCAUUGACGCGCUGGCCUUAUGAUGUACAAAAUUGUACUUUAUACUUCGGAUCUUGGAUGCACAAAGGAGAACAGGUAAAUUUCACUUUCUAUAGCAACCAACCGAUUGUCACAAAUGACUUUCAGAAUGGACCCGAUUGGAAAUUACUUAAAAUUACGAAUGAGCGGUUACCAGGAGUAUAUGCUUGUUGUCCCAACGACACCUACCCAAUGUUAAAGUAUACGUUUGUAUUAAAGAGAGAAGCGGCAGGGCCCGCAGCUAUUGUCGUGGUACCAUCAAUCGUGAUAGUUUUAAUAACACUAUCUUCUGUGCUGCUUGGUGUGAAAGAUAACAUUAGACUUAUGUUACUCUGCUUUAGUCUUUUUGGUCACUUUACAUUUCUCACUGAAAUCGGAUAUGAUAUUCCAAAACAUGGUGCAGAUACCCCUAUAAUAUUACUUUUUGUUCGUGACUCAAUGAUAGUAACAUUGACGGCGAUAUUGGUAACAUUAUUGUUAAUGUCUCUGAUCAAGCGGAGCUUACCAGCACCAGGUUGGAUGAUAUCUUUAAACCGACUAUUAGCUAGCGGACCAGGAAAAUACGUAGUCUUCACAGAAUUCGAUCCGAAUGACUCUUCUAAGCACAAACUCGCGGAAGAGGAUGGCAAUGCACAAGAAGAAACAAAACCAUCUACUGACUGGAUACAGUUCGCUAAUUUGCUUAAUAGUUUUAUGUUUAUUGUUAUAUUUUUAGUUUACUUUAUUUUAAUUUGCGUUUAUAUCCCUUAUGACUAAAGUCAUUAAAAUUGUAUUUUAUUGAUGUUCUAUUAUUUGAUUAUAAAUUCUGUUUUAAAAUAAUUAAAUAUCUCGGAUUUUGA